UGACGGCAGAGCCGCUUCCCGCGCCCCCCUUGUGCUGCCUCACAGCCGAGGACUUGGUGGUGGAGGGCCACCACCAUGGCAGCGAAGCAGCCCCCGCCACUGAUGAAGAAGCACAGCCAGACCGACCUGGUGAGCAGGCUGAAGACACGCAAGAUCCUGGGGGUCGGCGGGGAGGACGAUGACGGCGAGGUCCAUCGCUCAAAGAUUAGCCAAGUACUGGGAAAUGAAAUUAAGUUUGCUGUCCGGGAACCACUGGGACUCAGGGUCUGGCAGCUGGUUUCCGCCAUCAUGUUUUCCGGGGUCGCCAUCAUGGCUCUUGCUUUCCCUGACCAGCUCUAUGAUACCGUCUUUGACGAGGAAUCGGUGAGCAGCAAGACUCCCAUCCGGCUCUAUGGAGGAGCUCUCCUCAGUAUCUCGCUCAUCAUGUGGAACGCCCUCUACACGGCUGAAAAAGUCAUUAUCCGCUGGACCCUACUGACGGAGGCGUGCUACUUCGCCGUGCAGUUCCUGGUUACCACUGCCUCCCUGGUUGAGAGUAGCCGGAUAGCCACAGGUGCCAUGCUCCUCCUGGUCAGCCGAGCCCUCUUCAUCCUCAUCAGCAUUUAUUAUUAUUACCAAGUUGGACGCCGUCCCAAGAAAGUCUAA